AUGCCGGCACCAUGGCAUCAAUAACAACAUUCAGGUUAAUUCGUUGUAGAAAAUUUGAAUAUUCUCACAUAAAACGUCAAAUUAGGAUAACAAAUGGUGGAGUCCAUCAACCCCGGAUGUCAUCGUCUUUCCCAAAAGCAUCGGAGGUCAAUGUAUUAUUGUCCCAUGGGUCGUCGAAGCGGUCAUUGGGGAUAUCGACAGGUCAACUGGCGAAAUUCGCUGACGGGUGUGGUGUCGUGACCUCCGGGGACACUUCAGUGAUGGCGACAUGCGUGAGUAAAACGCACAGUCCAUCGACGAGUGGUUUCCUUCCUCUGGUGGUGGAUUAUCGGCAGAAAGCAUCUGCAGCGGGUAGAAUUCCAACGAAUUUCCUCCGUCGAGAGCUCGGCCCAACCGAGCACGAAAUCCUCACGAGUCGUUUGAUAGAUCGAUCCCUUCGGCCUCUUUUCCCCGAGUCCUACAAUUUCGAUACCCAGGUGAUGUGCAAUAUCCUGGCGAUCGACGGUGUAAACGAUCCCGAUGUUCUCGCAAUAAAUGCAGCAUCGGCAUCACUCGCGCUGUCUGACAUCCCGUGGUCAGGACCAGUGGGUGCAGUUCGUGUGGGUUACCUGGACAACGAGAUCCUGGUGAACCCGACGCGUCACGAGAUCCAGAAGAGUUCCCUGAACCUCAUAAUCGCGGCGGCGGGACAGAACCUCGUGGUGAUGCUCGACGGAUGUGCAAAGGCAAUUCUAGAGCAGGAUCUCAAGAAAGCAAUAAAAGUUGGGGUGAAGGAGUGCCAGGGGAUAAUCUCUGGGAUCUCAGAGCUAGCGAGGAUACAUGGGAAGGAGAAACGUGCCCUGGAGGAGGGGCCGAGAGUGAGCGAGGAGCUGAGCGCAGCUGUGAGGGCCCUCUCGGAGAUCAAAUUGAGGGACAUCUUCACGGACUACUCCCACGACAAAAUCUCCAGGGACAAUGCUCUGAAUAAUCUCAGAACUAGUGUUCUCGAGACGAUGAAGAGCAGUGUAUCAGAUCUAGAUCUGCCGAGGGUUGUGGAGGCCUUCGGGAUGAUCUCGAAGGAGAUCUUCAGGUCUCUGAUAUUCGAGAAUGACUUGAGGUGCGAUGGGCGGAGAUUAACAGAGCUGAGACAUAUCUCCUGCCAGGUCGAUCUUUUCAAGCCUCUCCAUGGCUCCGCCCUUUUCCAGAGGGGCCAGACCCAGGUCCUCUGCACUGUAACCCUCGACUCUCUUCACAGCGCCCUGAAGAUGGACACCAUUUCAAUGCUGGCGAGUGGAAUAAAGGAAAAAAAUUUCUUUUUGCAUUAUGAAUUUCCUCCUUAUGCUACCAAAGAGACCGGUAGGACUGGACCCAUUGGCAGGAGAGAAAUGGGACAUGGGGCCCUGGCUGAAAGAGGUCUCAGGCCUGUUAUCCCUGAAGACUAUCCUUUUACUGUUCGUUUGACUAGUGAAGUCCUCGAGAGCAACGGCUCCUCGUCGAUGGCCUCCGUAUGUGGAGGCAGUCUCGCUCUUUUGGAUGCUGGAGUUCCCAUCUCGACAGCUGCUGCUGGAGUCGCUGUUGGAUUGAUCACCAGGUAUGACCAGAACAAACAGAUCGAGGACUACAGGAUCCUCAUUGAUCUUCUGGGAAUCGAGGAUUAUCUCGGUGACAUGGAUUUUAAAAUAGCUGGAACGAAAAAGGGAAUAACAGCGCUCCAGGCAGAUGUAAAAAUUCCGGGUCUCCCUCUGAAAAUAGUGAUGGACAGCAUUAGUCAAGCGACAUCAGCUAAGGGUGAAAUCCUGGGGAAAAUGAACGCCGUAAUAUCCUCCCCUCGGAUGGGUAAAAAAAAUAUGCCGAUUAGCACGACAAUAGAGGUGCCUGUGCACCAACGGGGCAGGUUCCUGGGGAUUGGAGGAUCAAACUUGAAGAAGAUUCUCGUGGAGACUGGAGUCAGUAUUCAUCCACAGGAGGAAAAUGCCUACAGCCUGUUCGCACCGAACGAGACAGCGAUGGCAGAGGCCAAGGAGAUGAUCUCAUCGAUUCUAAUCGAGGAAAAAGCACCUGAACUGGAGUUCGGUGGAAUCUACACAGCAAAAGUCGUGGAGAUUCGUGACGCCGGAGUGAUGGUGAUCCUUUACCCAAAUAUGCAUCCAGCAUUGCUCCAUAAUUCUCAGCUGGACCAGCGAUCAGUGGUUCAUCCCAGUGCCCUGAACAUAGAAAUUGGUCAAGAGUUCCAGGUGAAGUAUUUCGGGAGAGAUCCCGUCUCCGGGACAAUGCGAUUAUCUCGAAAGGUCCUCCAAGCACCCACUGGCAUCGCCAAAAAUUACACAUCGUGAGAGACUAUUUUAUAUUGUAAAUAAUCUGUAAAUAAA